GAACAAGACAUCUCUCAGAGAUGUUGGAACUGCGAGUAUGUUUGACCCAUCAAAACCCCUUCGCUAUGAUAUGACAUUGAUUGAUUCUCAGCAUACAUGUCAUGCCUCAUCUUACACAGCUCCACAACUACCCGCAACCGACCUGGCAAAAGGAGCUAUCGCAUGCCCGAUCAUGUCUCGGCGUCCUCGAAUACUGCGCAAAAGCCGCCAAAGUCGCCAAACGCUUCGCAGAAAUACCACGAGACUACUACAACACCCUCGCAGCCCAGAUCCGCCAGGCGAUAAUAUUACCAUCAAGGACGCGCCCGAGAACUCUGAUUACCUCUUCACUGUUCCUUCGACAUCGCAUUCCCAUCUUGCCCGAGCAUCGCAGGAUCUGCUGAAACGCGUCAGCUGCCUGUUUGAUUCUCCUUCUGACCUGCAUGAUGAGGGCACACUUAAGGCAGGCCUAGGCACCUAUGUUAGUCUGCCGUUCAAUCGAGGUCCGGCUGAGAGUGCGAACAGCUGAUCGGCUGUUGAGAUGGCGUUGUCAGGGAUGCCGACAGGCGAGUUUAUGGGUUCGUCGCAGCCGCAUGGAUGGAUUGUGUUUCUGAAUUUGAAUACGAUGUGAUGUUCACUGAAAAGUUUGCAUCUCGAGGUUCA